AUGCGAUUCACCUGUCUCGUUGCAAUGGGUCUGAUGGGCUCCGCCUUCGCUCUUCCACGCCAAAAGUCUCCAGAAGGUGCAGCCGAUGUCCACUCAGUUUCAGCUGGCUCUGAAAGCUCUCCUGCAUGUUUCCACCUACCAAUCGGAAGGAUCCCGGUACCUCUGCCGACUAUUCGCACACCUAUUCUACACCCGAGCUCGACAUCCGUCCCGGGCGGACGCCAUGGCAAUGGAGGCUCUUGGAGAGGGCGCCCGGGUUUCCAGGGAAGCCACCAAGCAGGUCUCACCGAUGUUCAAAAGGCAGAGAACAAGCUGCUAGCAGACCAAAUAAAGCUCGCCCAUGCUCAGCACAACAAAGCUCAGGAAUGGAUCGACCGUCUGGCUGAAGACGUUCAGGCUAUCGCCUCCGCAGAGUUUGCUUCCUAUUCCGCGGGGCUCGCAAAGCAGACUGGUUUCCGGCAGGGUGCUGGUUCUCAAGGGAGCGGAGGCCCAACUUCUAUCAUUCCUCCUUGCAAAUUUUCCCAUUCCACGCCUUCGCCAUCCAUCAUCCACCCCCAAAAGUCGACCAACACUGGAAAUUCCGACCUGCCUAUGAAGAUUGGGAAACGUCAGGAGCAGGAUCCGCAGGAUGCCUUGGAUAAACCGGUUUACUAUCUUAUAACAACAACUAUCAACAAUACCCCUGUACCGAUUUAUACGGCAGCACCAGAGCUACCAGUUGAGGAAGAGAAGCGCCAGGACAAGGAACACCUCGCGGUAAAUUCUGUGAAUGAUGAGCCUUCUAAUCUGGUCUCGGAGAAGCAAGCUCGAGGCAUGCCUCCGAUGACCACUGCCGGGGACACUUCCGCGCCUACCACCACUGGCGCAUGA